AUGCACAAACAUCAGCUGGUGUGGCGUUCUGGAGGGCAAAAAGGGAACAAAGGGGUCACCCUUGCACAACACGGAUCCAGCACUGAUAACGGGAAGGGGGAAAACAAGCUCUCCAAGCCAAAAACGGCCGUAGAAGCCACCCCGCUGCUGCUGGGCUGGGAGCAGGGAGGACGGGUAGGAGGAGGGGGCUGCCGGGAGAACGGGUCCCGUGCUGAGGAGCGCCCUGCUGCCUCCUAUCACCCCGCAGGAGCGGCGGCUUCCCUGGUGAAGCCCAUCUUCAGCCGGGACCUGGGCGAGGCGAAGCGGAGAGUGAGGGAGCUGUACCGGGCCUGGUACCGCGAGGUGCCCAACACCGUACACCUCUACCAACUGGACAUCACAGUGAAACAGGGGCGUAACAAGGUGCGGGAGAUGUUCAUGAAGAAUGCCCAUGUUACAGACCCACGGGUGAUAGACAUGCUGGUUAUUAAGGGAAAAAUGGAACUUCAAGAAACCAUCCAUGUAUGGAAGCAGAGGACUCAUGUCAUGAGGUAUUUCCACGAGACGGAAACCCCACAACCUAAAGACUUUCUUUCCAAAUUCUAUGCAGGCCACAAUCCCUGAGAGAUCGACUGUAUCCUCCUGCCUUGUAUUAUAAAUAAAGUUCUAUACAAUAGAAAAAAAUCCAUACAGAAAGAUUGCAGAGCAUAUUAGGAGCCUAAUGACUAAGUGAA